GCUCAUGGCUCAUGGCCACAUUUCAUUAAUUUUAGAUACUGUUUCGCAUCAAGUAAAAAGGGGCUAUUAUUAAAAGUUAAAAAGCUUCAUCUUUUUAUUUUUGGUCCAAGUUUUAGAUUAUGUGAUACACAGUAGUACUGUUUGAGCCAGACGGAGAGAGGGAGAGGGAGAGAGAAGAUGAACAAUACCGAAGAAAUCAAAGCUCCUCUCAUCCAGAACUCUCGAGCAUCAAAUUCGGAAAGCUCCACCGACACCGAGAAAUCUCCGAUCGAGCAAGUAGCUCUAACGGUUCCGACCACCGACGACCCUUCGCUCCCGUGCUUUACAUUCCGAACAUGGAUUCUAGGGAGCCUAGCGUGUGUGGUCCUCUCAUUUCUCAACCAAUUCUUCUGGUACCGCAAAGAGCCUCUCUCGCUAACAUCAAUCUCGGCUCAGAUCGCGGUGGUCCCGCUCGGACACCUCAUGGCUUCGACGAUAACGGAGCGAGUGUUCUUCAAGGGGCGAAAGUUCGAGUUCACGUUGAAUCCAGGUCCUUUCAACGUGAAAGAGCACGUGCUGAUUACUAUCUUCGCAAACUCGGGUGCGGGUAACGUCUUCUCGAUAUACCUGGUUAACGCCGUGAAGCUUUUCUACAAGAAGGAGUUGAAUUUCAUGGUGGCGUUGGUCGUCGUUAUAACGUCUCAGGUGAUGGGUUUCGGGUGGGCCGGGUUGUUCCGGAGGUAUUUGGUUGACCCGGCUUCCAUGUGGUGGCCCCAAAAUCUCGUCCAGGUCUCGCUCUUCAGGGCACUACACGAGAAGGAAGAGAGGCCCAAGGGAGGAUUAACACAGAACCAGUUUUUCCUCAUUGCCUUUAUUUGCAGCUUCGCUUACUAUGUUUUUCCGGGUUACCUAUUUCCAAUGUUGACUUCCUUUUCCUGGAUUUGCUGGAUAUUUCCUACUUCUGUUCUAGCCCAACAACUAGGUUCAGGGCUUCAUGGUCUUGGAAUUGGUGCUUUGGGGUUUGAUUGGUCUAGUGUUUCCUCUUACCUUGGAAGCCCACUGGCCAGUCCAUGGUUUGCUACAGCCAAUGUUGCUGUUGGUUUUGCACUUGUCAUGUAUGUCAUUAUCCCCAUAGCUUAUUGGCUCAAUAUCUACAAGGCUAAGACGUUCCCCAUAUACUCAGAUGAGCUGUUCACUUCUACUGGCCAAAGCUAUGAUGUUUCAGCUAUAAUAGACCCCAACUUUCACAUUGACAUUGAGGCAUACAACCGUGAAGGCCCUCUCUAUAUGAGCACCUUCUUUGCUAUAACUUAUGGUGUCGACUUUGCCUGCCUUGCUGCUACUAUUGUUCAUGUGUUUCUCUUCCAUGGAAGUGAAAUAUGGCAACUAAGCAAGUCUGCCCUCCAAGAGAAGAAGAUGGAUGUGCACUCAAGGCUCAUGAGAAAAUAUAAGCAAGUUCCUCAAUGGUGGUUCAUGUGCCUACUUUUGGUUAACAUUGUGGCUACCAUAUAUGCCUUCCAGUUCUACAAUGAUCAACUCCAAUUGCCAUGGUGGGGCAUCUUGCUUGCAUGUAGUCUUGCCUUAUUUUUCACUCUUCCUGUUGGUGUCAUCACUGCCACAACAAAUCAGACGCCAACCUUGAAUGUAAUCUCAGAGUAUAUUAUCGGGUAUUUGUAUCCAGGAUAUCCUGUUGCCAACAUAUGCUUUAAAGUGUAUGGGUACAUAAGUUUGAAACAGGGGAUCGCCUUUCUGCAAGACUUCAAGCUUGGUCAUUACAUGAAGAUUCCUCCAAGAGCAAUGUUCAUGGCACAGGUCUUGGGUACAAUAAUAGCAGCAUUUGCGCAUUUGGGAACAGCUUGGUGGCUAAUGGACAACAUUCCAAACAUAUGCGAUAGGGCAUUACUUCCAUCAGAUAGCCCAUGGACUUGCCCUUCUGAUCAUGUAUUCUACGAUGCUUCUGUCAUCUGGGGUCUAAUUGGGCCUCAAAGAAUUUUUGGAGAUCUUGGCUACUACUCUGGCAUUAACUGGUUUUUCUUAGUUGGUGCGAUAGCUCCUGUCCUAGUUUGGUUGGCACACAAAGCCUUACCAGAUAGGCAAUGGAUUAGGCUUAUCACUAUUCCUGUGCUCUUAGGGGCAAUAAUUGAAAUGCCCCCAGCCACCGCUGUCAACUACACCAGUUGGAUUCUUAUUGCUUUCGCCUCAGGCUUUAUUGCUUACAGGUACUAUCGCAACUUGUGGAGUCGUUACAAUUAUGUGCUCUCUGGGGCACUUGAUGCUGGAUUAGCCUUCAUGGGAGUACUACUAUACUUGUUUUUGGGGAUGGAAAAUGUUAGCCUCAAUUGGUGGGGUAGUGACUCAGAUGGAUGUCCAUUGGCUUCUUGUCCAACAGAGCAAGGAGUCGUAAUCAAUGGCUGUCCAGUCCUCUAAGCAAAGCAUUUGGAUUUAUUGUAUGUUGAAUGGGAAAAAAAAAUGAAAAAUGAAAAAGAAGAAAAGAUAUUGUAUUCCUUCUCUUUUCGAUUCUUCAUCGUCGUAUAUUUGUAAAGCAACUGUAUAAUAAUGAAUCAAUGAUGUUGGAAAUACUUUAUUGUUAACCAAUAUGAAAAUUCUUUUA